AUGCCCUCCACAAUAGGGACCUUCAAAAUCAUCGGAGUCCUAGGCUUGGGCCUUCUGACAGGCACAUCCUACACCCUCAGCACUCUCUCCCUUCCCGCCCUCCUCACCUUACCCAGUGCCCGACCCGCCAGCUACACCCUCUCCCAAACAACCCGCCUCACAACACUCCACACCCGAGCCCUUUCAACCAUCUCCGCCACAUCUCUCUUCCUCGCGUUCUACCUAUCGCCUUCACAUCUCAGACAUCCGUAUCUCCUAUGGACCGGUGCUGUGGCAGGAUUGAGUGGUGGCCUGAAUCUAUUGAUGGAUGCGCGGGAUAAGAAGGCUGUGGCGAUUGAGGAUGUGGAGGAUGUGAAUGGGGAGCAGGUGGAGAGACGGGCGAGGAGUGCGCAGAUGGUGGAGUUUGUGAGGACGGGGGUUGCGGGCUUGGGGUUCGUCAUGGGCGUUAUCGGGGUUUGGGGAGAUGGAGCUUGA